GCUGAUCUGGGAGGUGUUGGGCACAGACAGUCGAGAUGUCAGAGAAAAAGCAGCUGGUAGACUUAGGUUUCUUAGAGGAAGAUGAUGAGUUUGAAAAGUUCCCUGCCGAAGACUGGGCUGACUUAGAUGAAGAUGAAGAUGCACAUGUCUGGGAGGAUAAUUGGGAUGAUGACAAUGUAGAGGAUGACUUCUCUAAUCAGUUACGUGAUGUUCUUUCUGUU